AUGGCCAUCUCCGACGAGUUGAAUAACAAAUUCUACGAGGACCCGCACGCCCUCCUGGCGACUGUCCCGAAAGUGGACAAGCUGGUUUUCCCCGGUGAAUUCAAAGUUUUGUGUCGGGACAGGCAAACUGGCUGGGGAGAGGAGGAGGAUAGGGAGAGCUGGAUCCGCAUGACACCAGCCUCCUCCUUCUGCGAACCUGCGCAGAACACCGUCUCUCCUCUUCACGAACACCUUCUUCCGUAUUUCGACACGAGAGGAGACAAUCUGGAUGCACCCCUGGAUCGUGACGCUGGCAGCUGCUGGACCACGUUCUCAUCCGAUGGCAAGAUUAAAAGGGCCUGCUGGUGA